GUUUGCCUUGAUCAACUAUUCUGUGUUUUUACAUUCACCAACCACCAACUUUCAUCACACUUCAACUCUCCAAUGUAAACAUCUCCCAAUAAAGUAGUAACCAUGGAAGUGCAAGAUUAGAUUUCUCACCUCACGUUUCAGCCAAGGAAGAAACCAACACCAACCUCCUUCCAAAUAACAAUGUCUUCACUCUUUUGGAGCCAACACCAUCCUCCACCAUUUUUGUCAAUCAUAAACUUGGACUCGCCUGCAACCAAAUGCAAAUCCACUAGCUCAAACCAAACUCACAUCAAAUGAUACACCCAAUCAUCCCAUAAUAAUUCACCCAAUAUUAAGAAAAACAGCAACAAAGUCACAAAUGAGUAGGACCCAACCCCUCCUAUAAUUAUCAAACCCCAGAUCCCAUUUCACAGUCUCACUCAAAUAACCACAUUCCCCUUCACUUCUCAUAGGUUAUUAACAGUAGAAAACCCUAAGAACUAAGAAAAGCAGAAAGCUUGAACUGAAACAUGACAACAACCUACGGCACGAUUCCGACCGCGGGGCCUCCGAACCUGGAAUACAUAUCGCGUGCAAAGCAGCGGAUCAAGGCGGGGUUGGGGACGCGGCGGCCGUGGAAGGCCAUGCUGAACUUCCGCUCGCUGAAGGUCCCCGGCGGCGGCGCGGCCGAGGCGCUGUCACGCGUGGCGGUGAACGUGUCGUACUUCCGCAUGAACUACGCGAUGGUGGUGCUGCUGAUUCUCUUCCUGAGCCUCCUCUGGCAUCCCAUCUCGCUCAUCGUCUUCCUCCUCCUCAUGGCGGCGUGGCUCUUCCUCUACUUCCUCCGCGACGAGCCCCUCGUACUGCUCGGCCACCUGGUCGACGACCGCCUCGUACUCGUCGCCAUGGCCAUCCUCACGGUGGCGCUGCUGCUGCUCACCGACGCCACCGUCAACAUUCUUGUGGCCGUGGCAGUCGCCGUGGUGGUGGUGGUGGCGCACGCCGCGUUCCGGAGGACGGAGGACCUGUUCUUGGGGGAAGAGGAAGAAGCUGCUGCGGCGGCCUUGGUUGGUGCUGCUUGAUUCUUUGUUUUCUGUAUAAUUUUUUUUGUUGAAUUCGGAGAAAAAAAAAAUGGUUAUUUGAUUAGAUUUGGUUCAGUUCUAUCGUUUGUUGUUGCAUUUUUUCGGAAGAUGAUGGUAAUUGAAUCCAUUUUUUUUCCUCUGUUUUCA